ACAAAAAAAGAAGCAAAGAUUUAUUAGAAAGUUUGAAUAACUACGGAGUAAACUUGCAUAUAUAUAUAUAUAUAUCUUUGAAUUAUAUACAUUUUUAAUCGCUAAUUGACUAGUAAUUGAUUAUGUACGCUAAUGGCUACCCGGCAAGUAUGCCAGCUACUGCUGGUGCUAAUCCUAAUUAUAGCGGUCUGAAUGCUAACGGAGGCCCUCGUCAAGAGCGACCUCACUAUCAGCGCACGUCUAAUUACGCUGGUGCCACUAAUGGUAACGCCGCUUACGGAGGAAGCACUUCACAGAAUGGCAAUUACGGCGGUUAUCGCGGUAAUAAUUUUAAUCCCAUGAUGGUUAGUGGAACUCCUCAGUAUUACGGUAACGCUUCUGGAGGAUUUCAACCGCGCGGCAAAAAUCCCAACUUUAUACCACGUCAUCAAAAACCCAUAAAUGGAAUUGUUGGUGGUGUUAAUGGUGGUAAUUACCAGACUACUAGUAAUCUCUUUAAUAAGCCGCAAAUUAGCUUAGGUUCUCUCAGCAAAGAGGAGCGUGCAUCCUUGCAACGUGAAAAAGCAAAAAAUCCAGGACGCACCCUUGCCAAGCCUGAAUGGGAAGAAUUGCCACCGUUUAAAAAAAAUUUUUAUGCUCCUCAUCCAAACACUUUAAACAUAAGCGAGCAGGCUGUUGCAGAACUUCGCAAUGAAUUGCAAAUUACCGUAUCAGGCAAUGAUAUACCACAUCCCAUAGCUUCCUUUGAGGAAUGUUCGCUGCCUGAGCAUACUAUUGAGGAAAUGAAGCGUCAAGGAUUUACUCAACCCACCGCCAUACAGGCUCAAGGUUGGCCUAUUGCUUUAUCUGGGCGGGAUUUGGUGGGCAUCGCUCAAACCGGAUCUGGCAAGACUUUGGCGUAUAUGUUACCAGCUAUGGUACAUAUCGCUAACCAACCACCAUUGGCCCGCGGUGAUGGCCCUAUUGCCCUUGUUCUAGCUCCAACACGUGAAUUGGCUCAACAAAUUCAGUCCGUAGUGCGCGAUUUUGGCCAUUUAAGUCAACCGGAAAUUCGUCAUACUUGCAUUUUCGGAGGCUCCUCGAAAAUACCUCAAGCUCGUGAUUUGGAGCGUGGUGUUGAAGUGAUAAUUGCUACUCCCGGACGAUUGAUUGAUUUCCUUGAGAAUCGUACCACAAAUUUGCAACGUUGCACUUAUUUGGUUUUAGAUGAAGCAGAUCGGAUGUUGGAUAUGGGUUUUGAACCUCAAAUUCGUAAAAUUAUUGAACAAAUACGUCCCGAUCGUCAAGUCGUCAUGUGGUCUGCUACUUGGCCCAAAGAAGUACAAACUCUUGCAGGAGAUUUUCUAAACGACUACAUUCAAAUUAAUAUCGGUUCAAUGAAUUUGUCCGCAAAUCAUAACAUACGGCAGAUUGUGAAAGUUUGCCAGGAGAAUGAAAAACCGCAACUAAUUGUAAAGUUGUUAAAGGAAAUUCUUACCACUACUAAUAAUGCUGCUAACAAUGCUAACAAAAUUAUUAUAUUUGUGGAAACUAAAAUCAAGGUCGAGGAGAUCUUGCAAAUUAUACGUAAUGAAGGCUAUACCGCUACUUCUAUACAUGGUGAUAAAUCUCAAGCUGAACGUGAUUCAGUAUUGAAAGAUUUUCGUAACGGUAAGUCCAAUAUAUUGAUAGCUACCGAUGUGGCUUCACGCGGUUUGGAUGUUGAAGAUUUGCAAUAUGUCAUCAAUUAUGAUUAUCCCAACUCAUCGGAGAAUUAUGUUCACCGUAUUGGCCGUACUGGACGUUGUCAACAAUUAGGCACGGCCUAUACAUUUUUUACGAAUGAAAAUUCUAAACAAGCAAGAGAAUUAGUCUCUGUCUUAGAAGAAGCCGGGCAACAACCAUGUCCGGCUCUCAUGCUUAUGGCUGGUUCAAUGAACAGUGGCAACGGUAAUAAUCGUAAUAAUAAUAAACGUUGGCAACAGCAAAUGACUAACACUGGUUGCGCUGGAAGCAACAACGUAGGAACGCAACAGCAACAGCAACGCAAUAAUCCCUUAAAUUAUCAAGCAAAUCCAAUUGGUGGUAAUGCAUACACAACCAAGUCGACUUAUCAGCAACAAUAUAACGGCACUAAUAUGUAUCAGGGACAGCAGCCACAAAAUAAUGGCACUGGACCAAAGGCUGGUGUCGGCAAUUGGAAUAAUAAUCGUAGUAACGCUGGGCAAGAUGUAAAUGUCGGCAAUCGCCAAUAUCGUCCAAGAAACACUUUUACUAAUGCUAAUACUGGACUGCGUCCAAUGAUGGGUAGCUUUGUACCACAUCCACAUAUGCAACCCUAUAAUCAACAGGGAGGUUAUAUGACUGCACCUCAACAAUAUCGUCCACGUGGUCAAUAUAUGCCUCCUAAUGGAAAUACGCCACGCUAUCAGCAGUAUCAAAAGCGUGAAUUUCAACCCACGCAACAGCAGCAGCAAAAUCAUUAUGGCAACAAGCCACAAAGUGGACAGCAAUCGGAUGUCAUGGAUCAAAAUGUUGUUAAUAAUGACAUAAACGGUAUGGCAGCUGCGGCGGCCGUAGUUGCCGCCCAACAGCAACAACAACAAAUGAAUGUAGCCGCGAAUAUAGCGGCCGCAGUAGCUGCGGCUGGUGGCCAGGUGGGCGGCACAACCGAAUAUCCAAGCAACGUAUCCACACCACCUGCUGCCCUCUAUGCAGCACCUGCUCAGUCGCCACCAGCACCCGGUGCGGCAGCCACAUAUAUGUACGAUGCCAGCGGCAUGUUGGCAGCAGCUGCCGGCAAUCCUUAUGCUACUGGACAAUACGGUCCACCUACAGCGUAUUAUGCUCAUCCCCAUCAAUUUGCUGCUGCUCCUGGAGUGGUACCUGCCACAAAUGCUACAACACCAGGCGCUGAAUUGAUUCAACAGUAAGUGGUUUAUACAAACAACAAUAUUACCUAUUCAUAUAUAUAUUCAUAUAUUAUAUAUAUAUAUAUAUAUAUAUGUAUAUAU